AUGAGAAAUAACCCUGAGACAUUUCAACAAGGAUUUGGUAAUUAUUUUAAAAUGGAAACGGCGCCAUCAUCUGAUUAUUCGGUAUCAACAAGUUUGACAACCACCACUGCAAUUUCAACCAAGAAAAGGUCAAAAGUGGAUUCUCAACAAUUAAUCGAAGAGACAAAAUUAAUAGCCGACUUUGCUCUCCAAUCUUACGAGACUGAUAUCAAAAAUUAUAACGAUAAUAAUGGUCGACCGCCUACACCUAAUGAGUGGCUCGGAUUAUGGACAGUUAAUUCGGAUCCAAAACCAUUUGAUUAUUCCUUUAAAACGAAUCAUCUCGGUCGCAAAAGCAUAUCCGACCCAAUUGCGCGUGAAAAUGAGGAAUGUCGACAAUGGUGGUUAACAAAUCUCAAAGCAGGAUUGCAACAAAUAGAAAGGUUACCCAAGAAACCACACCUACCAAAAUUUCUUUGGGAAAAAGUAGCGUUGUCUGAAUAUGUGAAUCUUGAAGAUUUUACAAAAGAUGGGAUUGCAAGUCUAUUUGAAUAUCAGGAUUUCGAAAUACAUCAAUGGAGACAAACUAGUCUAAUUCAUAACUGGAUGGAAUGGAGUAAUGCAUUUAGAAUUUAUCAAAAAGCAGUUACGAUUCUUUAUCCUCAUCGACAUGAAGAAUUAUGUGAAUACGAUUCACAUAUCAUACAACUGACCACCCAAUACCCUUUCGAAUCGGUUUAUAAUUAUGAUAUGGCAAGAAGGCUUCGCAUUGUUGAAGAUAGAACUUUAACACUCAAGGCACACCAGAGUGAUUUGAGAUUGCAUCACUUGAUUUCGCAAGUGAUGUUCAAAACUGAACAUGAACAAGAUGAAUCAGAUCAAAUGGAAGAGCAAGAAAUAUGUAUCAAUUGGAAUAAAGGCAGAUGCUCUGGCCCUUAUUGUAAGCGAGCACACGAAUGUCUCAAUAGUGAAUGUGGCGGCGAUCAUCCAAAAUUAUAUUGUCCGAUCAGACCGUACACGUUUAAAAAUCAAGUACCUUGUCCAUUACGGAGACCAAAUCCUAUUAUAAGACAUGGUGAAACAAUCUCACAAUAA